AUGUCUCCCGCUAUCAAGACUCAGAAUCCAGCUUUUGUGCUGCGUGCUGUGCAUGAUACAGUCAUCGAAGAGCGGACCAUCCCAAAACUGCGUAACGAUCGUGACGUCCGUGUCGAGAUCAAGCAAACCGGCAUAUGUGGUAGCGAUGUCCAUUACUGGGACCAUGGCCGGAUCGGCGACUUUAUCCUCACCACCCCCAUCGUUCUAGGGCAUGAGUCCUCCGGGGUAGUGGUCGAGGCUGGUGCGGCAGUCAAAAACGUCAAAGUGGGCGAUCGUGUUGCGAUCGAGCCUGGCAUACCCUGCAGACACUGCGAUUAUUGCCGCAGUGGGCUCUACAACCUUUGCCCGGAUACCGUCUUCGCUGCCACACCACCACACGAUGGAACGCUCUCGAAAUACUAUGUCGUCGCCGCAGAUUUUUGCUACCCGAUUCCAGAACAUAUGGACAUGGAAGAAGGGGCUCUGGUCGAACCCGUGUCGUCAGCUGUCAACAUGGUCCGCACCGGCGACGUCCGUGGCGGCCAGACCGUCGUGGUCUUCGGCUGCGGACCAAUGGGCGUGUUAUGUCAAGCCAUCUGCCGAGCGUGGGGCACAAAAAGAGUAAUAGGCAUUGAUAUCGUCCAGUCCAGGCUGGACUUCGCGGCUUCUUUCAGUGGUGGUAGGAAAGAAGAUGUUUUCAUGACUCCCAAGAGGCCCGAAGGCGUUGAUGGCAUGGAAUGGAGUGAGCACGUCGCGAAAGUCAUCCGGGAGCAAUUUGAUCUGGGAGAAGGUCCAGAAGUCGUUCUUGAGGUGACAGGUGCCGAACCCUGUAUCCAGGCCGGAGUACAUCUUUGCAAAAAGGGCGGCACCUUUGUGCAAGCUGGCAUGGGCGUCGAAAACGUCUACUUCCCCAUUUCCGUGGCUUGUGUCCGUGGAUUGAGAAUUCAAGGGGCAAUCCGUUACGUGACCGGCUGCCAUCCGUCCGCCGUUGAUCUCAUUUCAACAGGGAAAAUCGACGUUAAGAAGCUCAUCACCCACCGAUACAAAUUUGAGCAGUCCGAGGAAGCUUUCCGAAAAGUCAAGGCCCGUGAAGAGGGUACGCUCAAAGUCAUGAUUGAAGGAGUUCAAGAUGACACUAAGAUCUGA